CGAUUUAAAAAAUUCCGGCUCGGCGCAUGUUGUACUAACACUUUUACCAACACCCCAUGAUGGCGACUGUCAACAGUAAUGAUUAUUUAAGUACCAUUUUAAUCAGCAUUUGCAUCACCUGUGCGUUAUGUUACGAACCAAACUGGAAUUCCCUAGACACAAGAAAAAACCCCGAGUGGUAUGAUGAGGGUAAGAUCGGGAUUUUCCUCCACUGGGGUGUGUACAGCGUCCCUGGAAACAUGGUCUGGUUCUGGUAUUACUGGAAAGGACAGAAACUGCCCGAAUUUGUUCAGUUCAUGAAGGAUCAUUAUCCGCCAAAUUUCCAGUAUGCAGACUUCGCUCCGCAAUUCCGUGCUGAGUUCUUUGAUGCUGAUGAAUGGGCGAAAAUCUUUAAAGAUGCUGGGGCAAGGUACGUCGUUCUGACCACUAAACACCAUGAAGGAUUCACAUUGUGGCCCUCCAAAUAUUCAUUUAACUGGAAUGCUAUGAGUGUUGGGCCUAAAAGAGACCUUGUUGGUGAAUUCUCUAAUGCAAUAAAGAAGUCUGGCUUACACCUUGGUCUGUACCACUCGUUGUUUGAAUGGUUCAACCCUCUGUACAUAAAAGAUAAAGCAAACAACUUCAACACCCAAGACUUUGUCACGACUAAGACCAUGCCAGAACUGUAUGAGCUGGUGAACACCUACCACCCUGACUAUGUGUGGUCAGAUGGAGUUCCCUCGGACAGCGGAAACAGUUCCUACUGGAACGCCCCGGAGUUUGUUGCAUGGCUCUACAACGAAAGUCCCGUGAAACAGAGAGUAGUGACCAAUGAUCGGUGGGGGAUUGACACGAUGUGUAAACAUGGCGGCGUGUUGACGUGUACAGACAGAUACAACCCUGGAAAGUUAAAGAAGAGAAAAUGGGAGAAUGCUUUCACAAUAGACAAAAAGAGCUGGGGUUUCCGAAGAAAUGCUGUCCUGUCUGACUUUAUGACGAUGGAGGAAAUACUUUAUCAGGUUAUCACUACAGUCAGUUGUGGAGGAAAUGCUUUGAUUGAUGCUGGCCCAACACCAUAUGGCACAAUACCACCCAUAUUUCAAGAGAGACUGAAGCAGUUAGGGAGCUGGCUGAGAAUGAAUGGUGAGGGGAUAUACAGAACAGUGCCCUGGGUACAUCAGAAUGACACUGUCAAUCCACAUGUGUGGUACACAGUGUCCAAGUAUUCCUCUGUACUGGUGUAUGCAUUUUUACUUGAGUGGCCAGACAAUAACAUUGUAAAGCUCGGAGCUCCUGAGCCUUCCAAUAAAACUGUUGUAUAUUUAGUGGGCUAUCCCAACCCCAUUCCAUGGAAGGCUGGACCUAAUGGUGGAAUACAGCUCACUAUUCCAAACAUUCCUCUCCCUCAGAUGCCCUGCAUGUGGGCUUGGGCUUUCAGAUUGAUUGAUCUCAGCAAUUAGGAUCAUCCAAAUUUUGCAUAAUAUACUUGAAUAUUUUUUUCUUAGUGGAGACAGUGGAGACACGUCAUCACAAGCCAGAGUUACGACUUUCAAAGUGAUAUAUUUUUAUAUACAGCUUACAAUUAUACAUAUGUUAAGGGGUAGCUGAUAUAUUUUAUAUUCUGGGCUACAUUUGGGAACAAUUAAGAAGAACUCCAAGGCCUUUUGUGGAAACGACGCUUUAGAUAUUUAUUGUCGUAUUUGUGAAUCAAAUAAAUCUUUCCACAUGAACAUCUAGGUGAUCUAUAAUCAUAUACAAUUAUAAUAUUACCAAAAUACGCUCUUUCUCUACAUUCACUCAUUAAAUUUAUCUUUAGUUAAAUAAUAUUUAAAUUACAUAUAUUUGAUUAAAAUGACUCACCAAGUAUAACAGGAAAAUGAACUAAUAUAUAGUCGGGUUGAAAAACUAGGAAGUUUAAAAUUUCAACCGUCUGUCUUGGAUGGCGUCGUGAUUCUCAAUUAAAGUUCGUGCUCAAAGUUAGAUUAAGCAAACGGACAUGCGCACUCACUCACUCAAACCCGAAAAACCAGUCUAACACACCCAUUCAUUCACUGAUCCACCCGCCAAACGUAACCACGUGACCUCUCGUACUACUAUCAUACUAUGAAUGAAUGAAGCGGUGUGAACGUAAACAAAUGAACAAUGGGAAAUGAAAACAACAUGAACGCAAAUAUGAUUACUAAUUAACUAAAAUAAUUAAUUCUGUGACAUUCUCCCCUGUCUGGAGAAAAAAUGUCUCCUGACAUUUUGCUUCAGAUCAAUGUGGACACCAAUUCUGAAAACAAUAUAGCGACUGAAAAUAAUAAACAUAAAACUAUACAUUUUCUGUGACAUUCUCCCUAUGUCAGACAUACCAAACUUCAACUGGCUGGGACCCCAUUACCCAUUCUCCGUAUCUGUCAGGUUUAUUUCUCUCUCUAAUAGACCUGCGUGGAAUGAAAACAACAUGAACGCAAAUAUGAUUACUAAUUAACUAAAAUAAUUAAUCCUGUGACACAUAUCUGUAGCCUGUCAUUGCUGAUGGAUACACUUUGUUUAAUUGAAGUAUUUUACACCUCUUCCUAAUUACAUCAGGCUCAAAUGGUCAUGCAUCAGCCAUUAACUUUAAGUCCCAUGUGUUCAAAGUAGUUAAUUUUCAUUUGUGUUGUACUAUUCAAAUUGAUUUUGUCACAUGACUUUUCUGUCUGCUGUAUGACUGUUAUACUCAUGCACUUUUAUAUGCAUGUGUAUUUUUACUAGAGAUUGGACCUUGAAUCUCAUGGUGUUAUUCAUUCAGUUGAAGUUUCAUGAAGCCUGUAAACAAUUUGCUUCUGUGAAUUGAAUCAGUUUUCUUUGUAGAUAUUUAUUUAAGAUGAUGAACAUCUAUACAAUUGAUUCUGAAUUUGAAGUGAAAUUAUGAUGCAGAAACACAGUCCCAUGUUUUCUGUCAGUUUUGCUAUUGUUAAUAUUUUUGUUUUUUUUUUGUUUGAACAAAAAUUGCAAUUAUGUGACACUUGUGUACAUGUAAACAAUGUGUUACUCUAUGUACUAAUCUAUUGUGUAUUGUUUGUCUUGUUUUGUAUUGUAAUUUAAUGUUUUGUUUUUGCAAAAUAUCAAUACAAAUGCUGGACUUGAAA